UCACAGCAGGGCCACGAGUCAGAGGUGAAAAGGAGACGGAGGGAGUGAGACAGGAGAAGAAAGAGAGAAAAAGAGAGCGUCAUGCUACUGCAGCCAUGGACCUGCGUACGGAGCUUCUGAAGUCCAUCUGGUACGCUUUCACCGCCCUGGACGUGGAGAAGAGCGGAAAGGUGUCGAAAUCCCAGCUGAAGGUUCUCUCCCAUAACCUGUGCACAGUGCUGAGUAUCCCUCAUGACCCCGUGGCUCUAGAGGAGCAUUUCCGGGAUGAUGACGACGGACCCGUCUCCAGCCAAGGCUACAUGCCCUACCUCAACAAGUACAUCCUGGACAAGGUUCAGGAGGGGUCUUUUCUAAAGGAGAAUGUGGACGAGCUAUGUUGGACGCUCACCGCCAAGAAGAACUAUCGCCCCGAGAACAACGGCAAAACGUUGCCGGAUAAAGAUGUCUUCCGCCUCUGGUGCCUCUUCAACUUCCUGUCAGAGGACAAGUAUCCGCUGGUCAUGGUUCCUGACGAGACAGAAUAUUUAUUGAAGAAAAUCUGCUUGGCCAUGAGCGUGGAACUCAACUGUGUGGAGCUUGAAGACUUCAUUUCCCAGGAUUCUGUGCAGCAGAGGGGGUUCACUGUCUGGGUCUUCCUAGAACUGAUGAACUCUGGGAAGCUGACACGAGGCGUUGAAAAGGAUGCAGUCAGCAUGGCAAUUGAAGAAGUUUACCGGGAGAUUGUUGGAGAUGUAUUGAAGGAGGGAUAUCUGUGGAAGAAGGGCCAGCUGCGCAGGAAUUGGGUGGAGCGCUGGUUCACCCUGAAACCUGGAACGCUGGCCUACUUUAUCAGCGAGGACCGAAAGGACCGCAAGGGAAACAUCACACUGGACAGGAACUGCUGUGUGGAGGUGCUGCCCGACAAAGAUGGGAAGAGAUGCAUGUUCUGUUUGAAAACAAUGUCCAAGACCUAUGAGAUGAGUGCCUCGGACACAAAGCAGAGGCAGGAGUGGACUGUAGCGGUGCAGACGGCGAUCCGGCUGGAGGCGGAGGGGAAGAGCUCCCUGCACAAGGACCUGAAGCUGAAGCGCAGGGAGCAGCGGGAGCAGCGGGAGCAGCGGCAGGAGGCCAAGGAGGAGGAGCUGCAGCGCCUCCGCGCCCUGCAGGAGGAGAAGGAGAGGAAGCUGGCGGAGCUGGAGCUCCUGCGGGAGGCGCAGAAGCAGGCGCAGGUGCUCCUGGAGCAGGACGAGGAACGGAGGCGCCAGCAGCACGAGCAAAUGCAGGAGGCCCUGGAGGAGCAGCUCAGGGAGGCCGAGGAGGCGCGGGCCAGCAUGGAGGCGGAGAUGGUGCUGAAGGAGGUGGAGGCGGAGCGGCAGAGGAGGCGCAUUCGGGAGCUGGAGGAGAUGCAGCAGCAGCUGGAGGACGCCCUGCGCGUGGAGGUCAAGGCUCGACAGGAUGAGGAGGCCUUCCGCUUCGCCCAGACCGGGCUAUUGGUAGAGGAGGAGGAGAAGAUGAAGGCUUUGAUGAGCCUGCAGGAGGAGCAGGAGGAGUACAUCCUGCAGACCCAGCGGGAGAAGCAGGAGCUCAGGCAAGAGAUGGAGAGCAAGUCCCGUGCCCUGGAGGAGGCGCACAGACAGCUGGAGGAGGUCAGAGCCAACCGCCAGAGAGUGGACCAGGACGUCAUGGCUGCCCAGAGGAAGCUGCGGCAAGCAAGCACAAACGUCAAGCACUGGAACGUGCAAAUGACCAGGCUUAUGCACCCUAUUGGGCCAGGAGAAAAGCGUCCGUCGGGAGGGCCCUCGGCGUUCUCCAGCUUCCGCAUCCCGGGCCAGCGGGACCCCGGCCUGAGGCUGCGGCAGCGCUCCGAGGACAGGGACGAGGAGAGCAAGGAGAACGUGCAGGGAGGCGCGGCCGCCGGCGCGGAGAGGCGGCUCUCCCACACCUCCAACGGAGACAUGGAGAUCCCCUGAGGGAGGGGAGCCAUUAAGAGAUCGAUUGAUCUGGCCUGUGUCUGUGCUCGAUUGAUCUAGCCUGAUGCAAUUGAGCCAACCAAGAGGACCAGAAGGUGGAGUUUGCACUUUUUGUGCAGUGUUACACUUAAACAGCAGCAAUAGUCAUAGCAGUCGCUGGAGGAGCAGUCUAUGAGUCACAUUCCAGACCCAUGAUGAACUAAAGAAUCUCCUUAGCCAUUUCUGAGAAACGAGAUAUGCAGUCAAGACACCUCCUGCUCUUUCGUCAUCGACGAACCACACACCUCAGUGGCUUUUAAUGGUGGCAUGGUUGUCUUUCGAUGACCUCACUUCCUGUAUUUUUGUCUUUGGUUUCUCAAUGUGCAGGUUUUAAUGUCUCUUUUAGGAGAUUUCAAAUUCAACUAAACAGUGAACAAUUGACAAGGAUUUCAUACCUGAGUCUAACUGGAGGACUGCUAUUGUCUACAAGAUUUGAAAUGUCAUCUUGAGUUCAGUGUUUGUUUAAAGCUUUUAGUGAUCUUCCAUACAAAUGGAUUUCAUUUGUGCAUUGUUAUAUUGUUAAUAUUAUCCUAUAGUAUUGGUUUUUAGUAUUUCUCUUUUCUCAUUUGUUCUGUGAAAAUGGCAGCAGUAAAGUCAACUUCAGUGUUAUUGAGCUGCAGUUCCACUACUGGGUCAUAUCUGUAAUUGCUUUGGAUUGAAAUAUGUUUCUGUGCUCGAUUGAUCUAGCCUGAGGCAAUUGAGCUAACCAAGAGGACCAGAAGGUGGGGUUUGCCAUUUUGCAAUCAAUUUUUUAAACAGUUUCAGGCGAAUACUUUCUUCGUUUUUGGCUUUGAAAAGACAUGCCUGGAAAAAAGAGGGAAACUCUACAAAUGUGAUUUUAUUUUUAACUAAAAGAAAUGUGCUGCAUUAGAAUUAAGUGCAGUAUAUUCUUGGAGGGGCGGCACGGAUGGUGCAGUGGGUAGCACUGCCGCCUCACAGCAAGGAGGUCCUGGGUUCGAAUCCCCGUCGGCCGGGGCCUCUCUGUGCGGAGUUUGCAUGUUCUCCCCGUGUCUGCGUGGGUUUCCUCCGGGUACUCCGGUUUCCUCCCACAGUCCAAAGACAUGCAGGUUAGGCCAAUUGGAGAGUCUAAAUUGCCCGUAGGCAUGAGUGUGUGAGUGAAUGGUGCGUGUGCCCUGCGAUGGACUGGCGACCUGUCCAGGGUGUAUUCCUGCCUUUCGCCCAAUGUAUGCUGGGAUAGGCUCCAGCCCCCCUGCGACCCUGAUCAGGAUAAGCGGGUUCAGAUAAUGGACGGAUGGAUGGAUGGAUGGAUAUUCUUGGAGGAACUAAGAUGUAAUAGAGAGUGCCCUUUUCACACCCUUGAUAAAGAUAAACAAAAGGACUGUGUUAAAUAAAUAACACAUUAAUGGAACUGCA